AAGAAGCAGAAGCUGGGUACGACAAUUUUGUGCUGAGCCGCGUGUGUCAUGGCGUCCACCUGCGGGCCGCCACCAAACGUUUCAUGUACGUGCUCGCGCCAGGCGUCUCGCAGCGGCCGGAGAUGAGAGACCCCGCCGCCGCCACGCCCCAAGAUGAGUAUUGGUCAGCCGUGCCGUCACUGCUCACAUGGAAAGAUGAGACCAAUCCAAUUUUCCUGGGUCCAAGCUGUUGUAAUUUGUGAUAAUAAGAGGUGCAAGUCUUUACUGGAUUUCUCACCAUCAGAAUGCAUAAUUCAAAAGGAUGUCUUGGGCCCCACACAACAGUCUUCAUCUGAGUUUGGUUUGCAGUGUCUUCUGAAUGAUGGCAGCAGUAGGAGCAGCAGUGGGGUGUAUUCAGGAGGAAGUUCUCUACUAAGUCCUGCCCAGUCAGGAAAGUCUGUCACUGAUGAAGAAGUAGAAUUUCUUUUAAGAGCAUCUUAUGCCCCCCUGAGCUCUAAGGACACCCCAGUCACAUCCUCAGUAUCCUCUAAAACACCUUAUGCCCCACUGAGCUAUAAGGGCACCACUGUCACUUCCUCAGUAUUGUCUGGAGCAUCUUGUACCCCACUGAGCUAUAAGGACACCACCGUCACUUCCUCAGUGUCAUCUGGAGCAGUCACCCAUACCCAAAUAUCUCCAAAUCUGCAGAACUCCCAAUCAGACUCCAGCAGAUAUGAUGGGUUUUUUGAACUGUUGAGGAAUCUUGACCUAGAACCUCAGUCGCAGCCUGUGAAUCUUGAACCACAAACAGAAUCCAGCUUGAUGGAAACAAGCUUUGAUGAUGUCACAGCAGAAUUAGAAGGUUGGAUGAAAGAUUUUGAUUUUACAUCAACUUGUUUUGAUAGUAACCCAUCAAGUGACCCUUCUGUUGGUGAUCAGAGGCCACCAGAUGAAGCUGUAAGGGUUGCAUCACUAACAACAACAAAUAUGCAAGGCUCCUCCAUUCCAAGUCAGAGGUCAGCCUUCACUCCCAUUGAUCCAUCAAAAGAAUAUUCAGCUUUUGAUACUGACCUAAAUUCUUCUGUUAAUUCUUUUGUUUCUCAAAGCUCAUUGGUUGUGAAUAAUGAUACUCAAAACCAUGUACAGCAGUGUGAAAAUCCAUAUUUUGCUACGCUAUUUGAAAGUGAGUUUGUGAAUGGAAAUAUCUCAAACUUCCACACACGCUUCAUGUCUCCCACCGCCUCAGCAGCAAGUGAAGACAGUGGAUACAAUGAGGAGGAUAGUAAAGCUAUAGCUGGUGCAGAACCUCUUGCAAGUGAAGAAAACGCAAAGAUAUCCACUAAGAUACCUUUUUUAAAUUCACCAUUGAAAAACCAAAAUAGUUAUUCAUUAAAUAAGUUAAUUACACAAACCACUGAAGAUAACCUGAAGGACCUCAUACAAAACAACUUGGAAUGGCCGAUAAUGUCAGGGAUGCAAACCCUCACUGUCCUUCCAGCAAUUGUCUCCACAGAAGAAAACAUUGUAAACACCCCUCAGGAACCACUAAGACCACCCUUUACUUCCCAGGCCACUGGCAGUGAUGAACCCUGCUCUACAGUAGAGGAUACAAGAGAACAGGCUGACUUGAACACUGAGGAACAAGCUGAAAUGCUUCACAUUCCUUCAGGAUUAGGUCAAGAUAAUGAGGAUGAAUCCAUGCCUUUAGGGAAUCAUGAAAAUGCUUUAACAAACAAUAUCUGCACUGCUGUACAAGAUAAGAGAGAACAGCUUGACUUAAGCACUGAGGAACAAACUGAAAUGCCUCAGACUUCUUUAAGACUAUAUCAAGCUAAUGAGCAUGAAUCUAUGCCUCUAGGAAGUAAAGAAAAUGUAUUAACAAAUGAAAUCUGCACUGCUGUACUAGAUCAAAGAGACCAGGAUGACUUGAGCACUGAGGAACAAGCUGCAAUGCCUCGGACUCCUUCGAGAUUAUUACAAGAUAAAGAGCACAAAUCUAUGCCUUUAGGAAAUCACAAAGAUGCAUUAACAAAUAAUGUCUGCACUGCUGUACAAGAUGAAAGAGAACAGAUUGACCUGAGCUCUGAGGAAACUAUGUCCAUAGAACAUCAUGAAAAUGUAUUAUGUACAAUGGAUGCUGGCAGCCCUUCAGAGUCAUCUCGUAUUUUAGUUACUUCUCCAACUCCUGAGAGCACUGUGAGUGAAGGGUCUAGUCAUUCCACAUCUGAAGCUAUUGCUGUGUCUGAAAAUGUGGAUGCCAGCAAGUUGUAUUCAAGUUCAUCAUCCACAAUGCCUGAAAAUGAAAGCAGAAAAAGGAAACAUGAAACAAGUAGGUGUCUGAGGGUUAGGAAACAUAGUAACUCCAGUACAAAAAAGUAUUCAUCUGGUGAUAAUGAUACCUUUCUGAACUCCAAGAUAUCAAAAGUGAGAGGCAAAAGAAAAACUAGAGGUGUAGAAGACAUCAAAGAGAGAUCUAAAAGAAAAGGCAGAAAUCCUAGAUUAAGGUCUGGGAGAGAGAAACAAGGUUCACUGAGCAAAGCAUCUCUUGGCAAACUAACUAAGAGGUCAGGAAAUGUGAGCAAGUUACACCGCAAGGAGCAACUAACUACCUCAUCUGGGAAAAAUUACUUUCGUGGGAACAUUGCAGAGAAGUUUCUUGAAGGUGAUCAUUCUAUUGACAUGCCAGGUUGUCAGACUCAAGAUGGAGGAACUAAUCAUCUUGGUCCAAGAGGGAAGAACCUGAGCCCAAGGAAGCUCCUCAUAGGUCAUGUGAACAAGGAUCCAUGGUCUGUCAUGGACCUGUCUUUAGAGGAGUUGACAAUUGAAAUUGUAGUGGAAGGGAAGCAGCGAGAGGCAAGUUCUCACCCAGACAAAGCAGCUAAAUGUAACGGUUUGCUUCAGCAACUGAUGAGUUAUUUUUCAAAAGAGAGUGAAUCAGAAGUGUCUCAAGUUCCUACUAAAGAUACUGUACAAGAUGUUUCGUCUAAAGUCUUAGAUGAAUCUUUGUUGGGAAACGACAGUGAGUGUCUCUCUAAGGGGAAAAACUCUGGUGAUAGUGACAGUGAGGAGAAAACAGUGGGCAUGGAUGGUAACCAGAAACUAGUGGGAAAGAAUGCACAAAGUUUGCAAACUCCAGAAAAUCAAUUUAAUACAAAAAACUUUUCAACAGAGAGUGAAUCAGAUGUCUCUCAUGCUCCUGCCACAGUUAUGAGGCAAUGUAUUCCUUUAGAGGCCUCAGAGGGAACAUCAUUGGAAAAUAAAUAUAGAAAAUAUUCCUUUGAAGGGAGAAACUUGGAUUUUAAUGAUAGUGAGGAGAAAACAACCUAUGGAAAUGGUAACCAGAGCAUGAUGGGAAACAGUGAACAAAAUUUACAAGCUCUAGAAAAUCAAUUAAGUUCAAAAAAUAAAUUAGAAUACAGUGAAUCAGAAGUGUCUCAUGUCCUUCCUGAAGAUACGGUUAAAGAUAUUCCUCCCAAAGAGUCUGAUGAAGCAUUGCUGGACAAGAGAAGUGGAGAAUGUCUCUUUAAAGAAAACUUGGAAAUCAGUGAUUGUAAGGAAGAAAAUGCUUGUGGUGAUGGUACCCAGAACUUGAGGGGAAAUAGUGGACAAAAUUUACAUUUAGAAAAUCAAGGCAGUACAAAAAUAUUGAAUCCUUUGAAUGCUGAUGAAACAAAGCUGAAAGAUCCUAGCUUGAAAACAUUCCAUAGCCUACCCAGUGAACUAGGUCAUUCUCAGCUUAAUGUUAUUGAUGAAUCCAAAUAUGUCAUGAGCAUGGUUCAAAGAAAUGCACAGUUAGUUCCAGGAUCAUGUACUGACAGUGCAUUGCUGCUUGACAUUAAUUCAAUAGAAACUGAAGAACAUGCACCUAAUGUAGAAAUUGGUUCCAAAUCAUUAUUUAGUGAAGAAUCUAAUUCAAUAGAAAAUAAAGAACAUGCACCUAAGGUAGAUAUUGGUUCUAUUCAUUCAUUUAGUAAAGAAACUGGAUUUGUCAAGCAACUGUAUCCCAUUAGGUUUGAAGAGGAUGUGGUAGUCUCCUCAUCUGAAGAUGAAAUAAAACAUUCUGGAGAUCCAGGAAAAAAAUCUAAUAUGAAACAGGGUUUUGAUAAACAACUUGUUGAAGCAGGUAAUCAUUCAGUGGUGUUAGAAAAUUGUGGGUUAAAUAAGGAAAACUUUUCAAGUGAAAAAGCUGAACAUCCAUCAUUUAGCCUCAACAAUGUCGAUGUUAUUGAAAAAACAUAUGUUUCACGAGAAAAUCAUGAGUUAGAAACAGAAAAGUUUUCCAGUGAAGAAACCAGACAUCCAUCAUUUAGUGUUGACACUCUGAGUUCUACUGACAAAACAGCCCUUGAAACCACAAAGACACAGUGUAUCAGUACAAGUGACAGUGCUUUGAAAAUAAUGAAAAUAAUAGAAUGGAAAAGUUCAUGGUUUGAUGACGACUGUGACAAGAAUAUAUCUGACAGUGCAGCUGUAGAGAGAGAAAGAUUUGUUCUAACUAAACCAGUGACAAACGCUCUGGAUCAGAGUUGUGAUUCAGAGGUAGAUAGUGAUUCUUUAUCGUCCAGUUCAUCUCGAGAGGCCAGUCCACUGCACUUUCUUAAUCCCCCCAAAUGGGAAAGAGUUCGCAAUUGGAUUGGUUAUGAGGACAUUGUGUCAGUGGAGGAACAAAAUAUAGAAAACAAUGAUUCAUCUAACCCUUGCCCAGAUUUUAAGUCCUUGCCUUCCUCAAGCAUGUACUUUCAAUCCUUGGUCGAGGAUAUGGAUUUUGAUGAAAAUUUUUUUCAGUGCCGUGUUCAAGAAUGCCCAAGUGAGACAUUCCCUGAACAUUUAAAAAGUUCACUCUUCUUUGGAGAGACUGCAAGUAAUGAUUAUUCUCCUAGUCAUGUAGAGUUAUCAGAGGAACCAUUGCCUGAAUUUAAGAGCUGUUCAAAAUCAAAUAUAUUCAAUAUGUCCCUUCUUCAGGCUUAUAAUAAUUUUGCUGGAAGUGAACCUUCAGCAGCUUACACACAAGUACCUGUGCCUUUACCAAGUAGUAUUGCUCAAACCCCUCCUACCUCCAUUUCCAACAAUAUUUUUCCACAUUCAGUCUCAUCUAUUUUAGGGGGAAAAAUGUCAGGAAGAAAGGUAUUAAUAAUCCCAAAGAAAUCUCAAGUUAGACAUAUGGUGGUCACAUCACAUGGGAUGAACUCCAACCUUGCAGGAUCUGCUCUGUUAUCACCAAACCUACAAUCACCUGAGCACUCAGAAAUGAUAUUUGGAGGGAAGGGUGUUAAAUGCAAAAAAACUAAAUAUGUAAAUAAGUCAGGAAACCAUAUUUCGAGUUGGGUAACUGAAACAUUACCAGAGUCUGCUGAAGAACAGCCAAGUUGUAGUACUUCUGAAGUUACUGGCAUUGAUUGUUUAGCAGAAUGUGUUAAAGGAAAAUUAAGUUGUUCUCAUGACUUCACAAAUCUGUUUAGUGAAGGUGAAGGAAGAGAACAGGAUAAUCACAUUAAUUCAAAGUUUACAGAACCUGACAAAAGUUGUGAAAAUAGUGUUGUCUCAUCACAUUUCCCUACCUUGGGUACUCAGCAUAGGGAAUCAAGACUAGAUGAAACUCUAGAGACUAAAUUGGAGUCUAAAUUACACCCAACAAGUUAUACAAGUGGGCUUUCAAAUAGUGACACAUCAAAGCAAACUUCAUUGUGUUUUUGUGUAAGUGUUGGUGAUGACUUUAAAGUAUGUGACUGUAAUACAAGAAGCUUUGAACACCAAAAGGACAUCACUGUGCAUUGCAUGGAACAGACCAGCCAUAAAAUAGACAUUUUUUGUGGCUCAGGUGCUGACAUGUCACCAACCACAUCCUUUGAUUCAGAUGAUGAAAUCCAUAUUACUGUUGCAGGAAAAGAUAUUGAUCACCACUGUUCUACUCAGGCAGGGAAAGAAUCUGUUACUUCUGAUGAAAAUUGCAUGCCUGAAAAGUAUUUGGUAAAUAAUCAUGUUAAUCAUAGUUGUUACAAUGAUCAAAGUAUAGAAACAAAGUUGAAUGAAAAUUUUAUGACUAACAGGAAUGUACUAGUAAAUGAUAUUCAUGUUAAUCAAUGUCACAACGAUGAAAGUAUUGGUACAGAAUUGAAUGAGAUGAAAGAAUGUAAGGCAUCUCACUUGUUAUUUAGUGGCAGUGAACUAAAAAGAAAGGCUGAUGAUCAAUGUGAACCUUUCAAGAAACAAAGGCUACAUGAUAGACUCACUGACAUUCAGAUUGAUGAAAAAUCUAUGCACACAAGUGAAAAUCAUCCAAAACCUACCUGUACUGGACAGUGUGGUGCUCUCAUGUGUGGAAUUCUAGAUGAUUCAGUUCUCCAUGAUGAAAGCUGUUGUAGCUCAUCACAUGAAGGCUUCCAGGACUUUGCUACAAAAAGCGUAAGCAAGAAAAGAUCAUUUCAAAAAGUGAAGACCUAUACAAGAUCCAGUAAACAAUGUAUUGCCACUAAAUACAAUGAAAAUGAAGUUAGUAGUCUUCUUAAAUUGUAUGUUGAUAAGGAAUCUGCUGCUGGAGAUGAUUAUUCAGUUUGUAGCAGUGCCAAAGAGAUCACUAACCUUACAAUCAAAGACACAACUGUAUUUAGUCAUAAUUCUGAAUUUGGCUCUCUGAAAGCAUGUCCUCAGUAUGAUGGUUAUUCAUGUUUGAGGGUGGAAAAUGAUGUAAAUGACCUUGAUUUUUUCCAAGUAGCCUCCUCAUAUACUGGGUUUUUAGCCCCAUUGAUAUCACCAACAGAAAGUCUUGCUUCACUUCCUGAGUCAGAACAAGAGGAGAGAGACCCAAAACACUGUGUCUUACAAGGAUCUGGCUCAUCUCAAGAAGGUAGAGAGAAUGAAAGCAUAGAUAAAAAACCCAUAAAGCAUAAACAAUCACUGUUGCUUAAAGAAAUAAAGCAAAAUACCUCAGGUCCUGCUUUAGCUGCAAAUCAAGAUGGUUUAGACACAAAAAAGAUAUGUACUGCAUCACACACUGGACCACAGAUUUCAGGCACAAAUGACAUCUCCAGAAAUGUAAAUCAAUUAUCUGUUUCAUGCAAAGAUGGUGAACUACUUAACAAAUCUGUAUGUAAUGAUAGCAUAAUGUUUGCCAAACUUGGUCAAAAUAAUAAUUGUAAUACAACUCGGAGGAGUUCCACACAUGCUUCUGGGUCACAGAAACUUGAGAGAAUAAUCAUAUUUAGAAAGCCCUCACAGUCAUUCCUAUCUGUUCCUCAGGGGUCUAAUUCAUUUAUAAAGACUUCCUCCACUACCACCUUAGUUCCUAACUCACCAGUUAGUGCCAGUACCUCACCUGCAGUAAACACUUGUGGACUCCCUGCUGCACUAACAGUUACUACUGAAUCUCACUCUAGGAGCCUGUGUGUGUCUGGUGUUGCUCCUCACUCACGCGUGAUGUUGCCAACCCUCCCGAGUUCACAAAAAAAGGCACCUUAUCCUCGGGCUAUAGCUUCUCCCUCAUUCCCAUAUAGUAACUUCAGAAUCAUUAACUUUGGUGGUUCAGGUACUGAGAAAGAACAUCCAAUAAGUUGUCAGAAAACUGCAUUGCCUAAUAAAUAUAUUGUUGUCCCUCCAGCUUUGACUUCUAGUGAUGCAAAUGCAUCAGCCAGUUUAGCAUGCCAGCCUUUAGGAUCUGCAAGUAUGAGGGGGAGCAGUGUUGGACAUUCUUUAGAAAGAGUAGAUUCUCCACUAGACUCAUUAAAUCAUAUGAAGUACGAUCGAGAGUUGACAACACAAAAUGAAAAAAAUUCAGAUACUCAGGAGGAGGGUGCCAAUAUGCUUAAAAAAGUUAAACUGGGCUCCAAGGGAUCCUUUUACCUGAGGCCCACACCAGCACUAAAGAAUGCUAUAUUAGAAAUGAGAAAAAAAGCAAGUGAGAGUAAGAUAAUAGAAACUAGCCGUGAUUAUAUGACACUUCCCGAUGGGAUCCCAAUUCCUCAUCCAAUUUUCAUUCCUAAAAGAAAUGAAGUGCAAGUGGUGAGACAUAAGAAAACAAUAAGGAAAAAGAGAAUAAAGAGAGUUAAGGACCUUGUAAAAGAAAAGGUUAAAGAGUCAUUAGAGUCCUGCAAUGACGAAAUACCCAAGAUGAUUGUAAUUUAUGCCAGAAGGAGUUUUCACAUUUGUCACAUAGAUGUGACUGAAACCAGAUAAUGUUCUGCCCUUUUUUAUGUUCAAUAUUGAUAUUUAUAAUUGAAAAUGCACAAUAAUUUUACCCAGAUUACAGAAUUUUAUUUUGGUCAUGAUGACAUAUGUGAUAUUAUAAUACUGCAAUCAAGAAAUAUGUUAUACUUAUACACAUGUAAGUGAAUAACUGGAGAUGAGAUUCAGAAGAUAAAUAAAAAGAUUAUCAGGUAUGUAAA